ACAGGGAAGGCCAUGCAGGGCAUGCUAAGCGUGACUCUCUUCAUCCUCAUCCAGGUGUGCCUGUGUGAAGAUGAGGUCACAGAUGAUUACAAUGAUGACAACACCACUAUUGACUACAGGAACUACGAGACGCCGUGCUUCAAGGACGAUGUGCGUUCCUUCAAGGCCUGGUUCCUGCCGCUCAUGUACUCGCUCAUCUGCUUCCUGGGGCUAGUGGGCAAUGGGCUGGUAGUGCUGACCUACAUCUACUUCAAGAGGCUCAAGACCAUGACAGACAUGUACCUGCUCAACCUAGCCCUGGCUGACAUGCUCUUACUCCUGACCCUUCCCUUCUGGGCCUACAGUGCCGCCAAGGCCUGGAUCUUUGGAGCCCACUUCUGCAAGCUCAUCUUUGGCAUCUACAAGACGAGCUUCUUCAGCGGCAUGCUCCUGCUCCUCUGUGUCAGCAUCGACCGCUACGUGGCCAUCGUGCAGGCCGUCUCGGCCCACCGCCACCGCGCCCGAGUCCUCUUAAUCAGCAAGUUGUCCUGCGUGGCCAUCUGGGCCCUGGCCAUUCUGCUGUCCAUUCCUGAGCUGCUGUACAGCGGGCUGCAAAACAGCAGUCGUGAGCAGGAAUGGCGCUGCACCCUGGUCACUGAUCAUGUGGAAGCUCUGAUCACCAUCCAGGUGGCCCAGAUGGUAAUGGGCUUCCUCAUACCCCUGGGGACCAUGAGCUUCUGCUACCUCGUCAUCAUUCGCACCCUGCUGCAGGCGCGCAACUUCGAACGCAAUAAGGCCAUCAAGGUCAUCAUCGCCGUGGUGGCGGUCUUCAUCGCCUUCCAACUACCCUACAACGGCGUGGUGCUGGCCCAGACCGUGGCCAACUUCAACGUCACCGGUGGUAGCUGUGAGGCCAGCAAGAGGCUCAACAUUGCUUAUGACAUCACCUACAGUCUGGCCUGCGUGCGCUGCUGCCUCAAUCCUUUCCUGUACGCCUUUAUCGGUGUCAAGUUCCGCAGUGACCUCUUUAAACUCUUUAAGGACCUGGGCUGCCUCAGCCAGGAGCGGCUGCGCCAGUGGUCCUCAUGCAGGCAAGCCCUGCGCAGUUCCAUGAGCAUGGAAGCGGAGACCACCACCACCUUCUCCCCCUAG